ACCCCGUCAACACUACUAAAGAUGGACACCGCAGGGAUGAAAAGAGGAAUUGUGAUAAAAGAUGACUGGCCAGGUUACAGUCUGGACCUGUUCACCUACCCAGAGCACUACCAUGAAGACAUAGAGAGUGUUUACAUUCCACAUGGGGUAAUCAUGAACAGGAUAGAGCGUCUGGCUCGCUACAUCAUGGAUGACUUUGGGGACAACAGCAUCAUGGUGCUGUGCGUCCUGAAGGGAGGUUACAAGUUCUGUGCAGAUCUGGUGGAGUUUAUCAAAGUUCUUGGCCGCAACUCCAACAAGUACCUGGAGACCCGGGUGGAGUUCAUCCGUCUAAAGAGCUACCUGAAUGACCAAUCAACAGAGGACCUGCACAUCAUUGGAAGUAGAGAUCUGUCUUUUUUGCGUGGAAAGUGUGUGCUCAUUGUUGAGGCCAUAGUUGACACAGGAAAGACCAUGAAGGCCCUUCUGAAGCAUGUGGAGACCUUUGAACCCAAGAUGGUCAAGGUCGCGGGUCUGCUUGUGAAGAGGGUCCCUAACAUAGCUGAACGUCUGACAGACUAUGCUGGAUUUGAAAUCCCCAACCGCUUUGUUGUUGGUUAUGCCCUGGACUACAAUGAAUACUUCCGUGACCUGAAUCAUAUCUGUGUCAUCAGCAAGACUGGAAAGAUGAAGUACAAGGUUUGAGAGGAAUUAAAACCAUAAGUUAUGCCCAGUUUUACAUUAGUGGCACAAGGCUGUUUGUGUGCCAGUCUCA